AUGGCUGACGAGGAUCUGCCUGACUUCGACGAGGAGGAGAACAAGAAGGAGGAAGAAAAGGCUAAUGGAGAUGCCAAGAAGGCAUCAGCCGCUGGCAUGCACGCGUCUGGCUUCAAGGACUUCUUGCUUAAACCAGAACUCCUCCGCGCCAUUGUCGACUGUGGCUUUGAGCACCCCUCGGAGGUGCAGCAUGAGUGCAUUCCCCAGGCCAUUCUGGGAACCGAUGUCCUAUGUCAAGCCAAGUCUGGCAUGGGGAAGACAGCUGUGUUCGUCUUAGCUUGUCUGCAGCAGAUCGAUUCUUCAGAGAAGGCUGUGAGGACUUUGGUGGUCUGCCACACGCGAGAAUUGGCUUACCAGAUCAAGCAAGAGUUUGAGCGUUUCUCGAAGUACUUCCCGGCAAUCAAGUCCGCAGUGGUUUAUGGUGGCACGCCCAUAGCGACGGACAAAGACAUGCUGAAGGACUCCUGUCCCCACAUCCUCAUUGGCACGCCUGGACGCGUGCUUGGCCUUGUGCGGGAGAAGGACUUGAAGUUGGACAAGUUGCAACACUUCGUCUUGGAUGAGUGCGACAAGUGCUUGGACAAGGUGGACAUGCGAAAGGAUGUCCAGCAGAUCUUCAUGGAUUCGCCAAAGAAGAAGCAGGUCAUGAUGUUCAGUGCCACAAUGAGUGCGGAAACGCGGGCGCUUUGCAAAAAGUUUAUGACCGACCCCCACGAGAUUCGCGUGGACGAGGAAUCCAAGCUCACGCUGCAUGGACUGCUGCAGUACUACGUCAAGCUCACGGAGAAGGAGAAGAACAGAAAACUCAACGACUUGCUGGACGCUCUGGAGUUCAACCAGGUGGUCAUUUUUGUAAAGUCCGUGCAGAGAGCUAUAGCGUUGGACAAGCUGCUAGUGGAAUGCAACUUCCCGUCUAUUUCGAUUCACUCCGGCCUGCAACAGGACGAGCGAAUUGCAAGGUACAAGCAGUUCAAAGAGUUUCAGAAGCGGAUUCUGGUUGCAACAGAUCUCUUUGGCCGUGGUAUCGACAUUGAGAGAGUGAACAUUGUCAUCAACUAUGACAUGCCUGAAGAGAGUGACUCGUACUUGCGGCUUUGA